ACACUUCAAACCUCUCCCGAGUCACACCUUUUCCUUGUGUCUUUUUUUCUUUUUCUUAGUCUUUUUUCCUUUGGGUUUCCUUUCCGUCUCUUAUUUCCUUUUGGGUCUUGGGGAUUCAUCUCGGCAUUCUGGAAGCAUCUCGGUCUGAAUCAAUUUCCUGGCGACGACAAACUAUCACCAAGCAACAACGCCAAUAACGAGUCUCAGUGCUUCAUCCUCUUUUUGUCAACAGUUGAUCUGCUGGCGAGCAUCUUCUAAACAUAUCUGUCCCUUUAACGAGAAACGGUUCUUUCCUUUAUCAUUAUCACACCCCAACAAGUCUACAAUGUUGCCCACUGUCAACACAAAGUUCCCGCCUCCCCCGACGGCACCGAUCCCGAUUAAGCCCCAUUUUCCUCUUCGGACGGCACACAAGAAGCGACCAUCACUAGAAAUCAUCACGGACUUCAACUCACAUACAGCCAGAAUGGGCUUUCAAGCCCCCCGACUGGGCGCUUUGGGCUUGACAUUUUUGGUUAUGAGGGCACUGCAGUUCGCUGCUCUGAUCGCAGUCAUCGGCUUGAGCGCAAACUUCAUUGAUGAGUUCUCUACAAAGUCACUGGGAUCUCCUUCAGAGCUUCUAGGUACUCUGGUAGUGGCCGUCAUUGCUGUCAUCUAUGUCGUCAUCUCCUACGUCCUCUACUACGAUGCCAUGCUCCCAUAUCUCCUCAGUGGAAUUCUUGACGGCUUACUGCUGAUUGCCUUCAUCGUCGUCGCCUCACUACUCGGCAAGCCCCUUUCCCAUCUCCAGUGCGCUCUCAUGCCCCAGGAUCCUGACGCCAACAACUUUUGGACAUCUGUCCCAUUCACCAUCAAGUCCCAAGAAACGACGCAUGACGAUGGCCUAUACUUCACCUUUGUGCACAUGGACCAACCCACCUGCUUCGAGACCAAGGCCAUCUGGGGUCUUUCCAUCGCUCUAUGCGUCCUCUUUGCCUUCAGCAGCAUCGUCUGCGUUGGCCUCUGGCGUCGCGUCAGUCGCGAGACGGUUGUUGUCGGCAGCAGAAAGGACAUUGAGGGUUAGGGGCGCGCGGGCGCUGGCUGGGGGAUUCGCGAGAAGAACUACUACUUAUACGGGUCGGAGUCAGAGUCGGAUGUGUCCCUUUAUGGCCACAAAACCACCACCACUGCUCCACCACAGUUCCCUCCUCCCCCGUUGGCGCCCAUGCGUAUCACUGGUGGCGCUCGCCGCAGCGACAACCAACAACAAUACGACAGUGAUCCUCAAGACAUUCCGGUCCCCACCAUCCGCGCAAGAGCCGGCCUGCCACAGAAUCGUCGCAGUCUUUCCGGCUCCAGGUCCAGUAUCGACUCCGACACCUCCUCUACCCUCAGUCGGGGAGCGAGCCCCGAGCGUCAACUCCGUAUCAGCGGUGGUCUAGCGCCCCCGCCGCCCGUCCGCCACUGCUGCAACGGCGGUCGCGUCGGGCUAGGCAUCAUGCCCACGAUCCCCGGCUCACCCAUCGACGCCACACAAGAGCGGACCAU